GUCAAAAUUGUCAAUAAAUAACAGUGAAGGUGAUUAUCUGUGGCAAAGCACAAACAGAACACAGAUUGAUUACGAACAUGACUCCAGAACGCAAAAUAACGUGGCUCAUUUUAAUAUUGUCUUUUGUGGCAAUAUGUACUAAUGCAGAAGAUGACACAAUCAUAGAAACAAAACAAGGAAAAGUGAGUGGCUUUACAUUAUCGGUAUUAUCUGAUACUGUCACAGCCUACACUGGGAUACCAUAUGCAGAGGCCCCAAUAGGCUUCAAAAGAUUCCAAAAACCGGAGCCACGGAAACCAUGGCUUGGCAUACACAAAGCUACCAAAUUUGGAAACUCAUGUUACCAGAGUAAAUCAGAAGCGUAUAGUGAGUUGCCUGGGGUUGAUAAGUGGCUUGUUAAAAAUGAAAUGAGUGAGGACUGUCUUAACCUGAAUGUAUGGGUUCCACAAUCAAUUUCAAAGCCAGCACAUGUCAUGGUGUUCAUCUAUGGAGGAGGGUUUAUUUCUGGAACAUCAUCCUUGGCUGUAUAUGAUGGGAGUGUGCUAGCUGCUACUGAGAAAGUAAUUGUGGUAUCAAUGAACUACAGAGUUGGGGCACUGGGAUUUCUGGCUUUUCCAGGAAGUAAAGAUGUUCCUGGCAAUUCUGGCUUGUUUGAUCAGAGGUUGGCUCUACAAUGGGUUCACGAUAACAUUGCAGCUUUUGGUGGAGACCCAGGUAGUGUCACUCUUUUUGGACAAAGUGCUGGAGCCGCUUCUGUUGGAUAUCAUGUGUUAAGUACUGGAAGUCAUUCUUAUUUCAAAAGAGUCAUAAUCCAAAGUGGAUCACCAACAGCAGACUGGGCAUUCAAUUCUAAAGAAAGGGCUAGGAUAUUAUCCUUAAAAUUAGCCCAGAGAAUUGGAUGCCCUACAGAAGAUGAUAAUUCAACAAUAGCCUGUUUAAAAAAUGUAGAUGCUAAGGAAAUAAUUCAUAAACAACUUCCAACUGAUUCUAAAUUUGAACUGACAUAUUUUGUUCCCACCAUAGAUAAUGAUUUUUUACUGGAUGUUCCAAAAAACUUAGUAAAUCAAACAAACAAACACAUUGACAUUUUAAUAGGAGUCACCAAGGAUGAUGGAAAUCCAUUUCCAGUGUUCGCUGGGCAAGGAAUUAGCACAAAAUAUCUUAGUUUAAUCACUACAGAACAACUUGAACAAGGGUUAAGACAGUUCUUCCCACCUGGAGAAGAACUUGCUAUAGAAUCCUUUAAAUUGCUAUACAUAGACUGGGAUGAUGAAGGAAACCAAGAGAAAAAUCGAGAUGCCUUAGCGAAAAUCCUGAAAGACUAUUACUUUACUUGUCCUUCAAAGUACUUUGCUAGCUUUGCAGCAGAGACUACAAAUAAUGUAUUUGUCUAUGAAUAUGACCAUCGUCCAUCAAAUGAAGUUUGGCCACAGUGGAUGGGUGCGAUACAUGGUGCAGAAUUGCCUAUAAUAUUUGGAAAUCCAUUUUCUGCGCCUCAGGAAUUCUCGCAAGAAGAGCAAGCAUUUAGUAAGCGGAUUAUGAAAAUGUGGGCCAACUUUGCAAGAGAAGGAAAUCCUAGUGAUGAUGGAUUUGUUUGGCCACAUUAUUCCACUGGAGACCAAAAUCAUGCAAUACUGAAAAUGAACAACAUAAGCGUUAGACAAAAAUGGAGCGGUCAAAAUUGUCAAUUUUGGAAUUUCUAUUACCCUGAACAAGUGAAAAAACAUAGGAAAAUAUUGACUUGAUUUCCUGAAGUCUAAAAUUCAACUGAUUAUGGAUAAUCAUACCUGUUUUACAGAGUAUUGUAACUGCAAGAAACAUGUUAAUAAAUAUGAAAAAAGCUUUACCUAAA